AUUCGAAGGAGAUGACUUCCUGUUUGUGUGGGGAUCUGGCCCAAUGGAGAUUACUUGUCCACAAAGCACCAUGGGUGAUUCUCCAAAGGUUCUCGAAGAAAUGGUGAUACGCUACUGUAAAGACCACAAACCAACAUUCGAAUUGGACACAACAAAUACCCGAGAAGCUAAGAUGAACGUCAAGUUUAUCUUGAAACAGAGCACAAGAAGUGAACUCCUGGUCCCAAUGAAUUUGAUUGCACUGUCUUACGGAAAGUCAAUGAGCGAACCCGUAAUUGCGCCCCCCACAUCCACAAGUGUACCAACGCAAGAUGACUGCCAAUUUCACGGAUGUCAAAAAAGGAAAAUCCCCGACGAUUUGCUAAAUAGGUUGGCUAAAGAUAUCCCAAGCGGCAACUACUACGAUUUAUGCGAAAAACUUGAAUAUGGCUUUAACCAGGCCGAUAACAUAUUGGCUAAGCACAAGACCGACUUCACAAAAGCAACGAGAGAAUGUUUUGCUGGAUGGACUAAUAAAGCAACAAGGAAUCUGGCUGAUUUACACAAAGUUUUGUUUUCAGCUGGAUUGGGUGGUAAAAUUGACCACACCCGUAAGGUUUGAAAGGUCUCAGUAUCAUACGUGUCUGUAUUGGCAUAAUAUACUGGGGUUAAUAUCAAUAUCAGUUUUAAAUCUAGGCCAGGCAACGAUGCUUACAAUUAACCCUGUUCAAUUUUAUUGGCAUGAAUCCAAGAGUGUCGGUUCCUAUACUGCAUUAAGCCUUUGCUGUACAUGUGCCUCGCGCCUUUUUUUACUUUCCAUGUAAGGGAGAAGUCUAUACAGACAUCGAGUUAAUAUGUUGAUAAACAGACGUUUAAAUUGCACGUGUUUGUAAGAGUCAAAUAACUUUAUAGUGUUAUAUUUUCUAUCAAAUUCUAUUUACAAAAUAAAUCAUUUAUGAUAUGGUGAGAAUGCUGAUGAGUUAAUGCACCUUUGAAAUAAAGUCGCUUUUAAGAACAUCCAUUCUGGACAAUGCAACGAUCAAAGCGUGCAACGCACGAUAUUGAUUGACUCGGCAGGUUUAUACUGUUUUGCUUUAAUCCCCACCAAUAGAACCAUUAUUCAUGUUUACCUUACCAUAUUAAAGUUGAUAAAAAUAUACUUGGUUAAAUCAUGACCACUGCCAUCUGAUAAGUGUACAAACUGGUAAUGUCUUUUCUUGCGAAAAAAAAAUGUCAUCACGAUUAUCCACAUACAAAAAUAACACUAAUUCUGUUUUGGUUGGUUUCUCUCAAGAAGACAGUUUUACCACCAAUUGUAGGAGUGAUAGCUAUACCCUUUCUUUGUAUUAAAGACUAUAUAGUUUAAUCAACGCAUAGUGAUAAUGAUAACCUACCCAGCUUUGAAUGCCAAUGACGCAAGUUUGAAACCUGAUAUUCCUUUCCAAUUGAUUCAUUUGCCUUUUGCAUUAUAUUCAUGAUUCGUUAAUAUUAUAUUACCGAUAGUUAUAACACAUACUGUAUAUUAAGCUUUUUAUGUUUUUUUGUGAUAUGUUCAUUACCCGGAAGAAAUUGUCAAAGCAAUAAUGCAGUAUUUCAAAUUUGGAAACAUCUUGUGGAUUUUAAAAAUUUUAAUUAAAUUCUGUAUUUCAAUUAAUGGUUAGGCCUAUUUCUUUCACUUAUAGUUUUACAGUGUAUUAUACAGUAUUUUUUUUUUACUAAUACUGGUUGACACGCGAAUUGUAGAUUGAAAUGUAGUAAUAGAGUUUUAUUUCCUAGGAACAUUUUCAAAGUUUGUUAAGAUCCGAAGAUGCAUCUAUGCUGAUUUUAUUCAUAAUAUAACUAUGAAUUAGAAUUAA